AUGACGUCACUUCCCAGUUAAACGUGGCUACCCCGCGAUUGAAGGAAGGAGUGGCUUCAGGAUCUGUCAAAAGUUAAAUGAUCUUUCGCGAACAUUAAUGACUAACUACGACGAUUAAACAGUUUCCAAGUGCUCCUUAGAGUUAACCGGUAGUUUUGUACGAACAGUAACGAAGAAAAGAUGUCGUCCUCAGGCGAUUUCGGAAACCCACUGCGUAAAUUCAAGCUCGUCUUUCUUGGCGAGCAGAGCGUGUUAAUAGUUUUUGAUUAACGAUGCGGAACGCCGAUAGUAACGAGAUCUUUAUUGGGUGGGUAAAACGUCUCUCAUCACGCGAUUUAUGUAUGACAGCUUUGACAACACGUAUCAGGCUACAAUAGGUAUAGAUUUCUUAAGUAAAACUAUGUAUCUAGAAGACAGAACAGUGAGAUUACAACUGUGGGACACUGCUGGUCAAGAACGGUUUCGUUCUCUAAUACCUAGCUAUAUCAGAGAUUCUACAGUUGCAGUUGUUGUUUAUGAUAUCACUAAUGCUAAUUCGUUUCAUCAAACAUCCAAAUGGAUCGAUGAUGUUCGAACUGAAAGAGGAAGUGAUGUUAUAAUCAUGCUAGUAGGGAAUAAAACAGACUUGAGUGAUAAAAGACAGGUUUCUACGGAAGAAGGCGAACGAAAAGCUAAAGAAUUAAAUGUGAUGUUCAUUGAAACUAGUGCUAAGGCUGGAUAUAACGUUAAACAGUUAUUUAGAAGAGUAGCAGCAGCUUUACCUGGCAUGGAUUCCACUGAAAAUAAACCUCCUGAAGACACAGCUGUCGAUUUGCAGAAUCAAUCGUCGAUGCAGAAUGGCUCCGAAUCGGAGGGAGAGAGUGGCUGCAUUUGCUAGGGAGUUGGCGUUUGAACAUCUCCGGCGUGCUGCUGUGCUGCCCCGAUAUGAUUUAAAAAAAAAAAAGAAAGAAAAAGAAAAAAAGAAAAAAAAAUAAAAAAAAGGAAGAAAAAAGAAACCCAUGUCAUUAUACCGACAGUUAAAGAAAAACGAGAUACGCGAGAAAGACAAGAAAUGGGGGAAAAAAAAUAGAAAAUGACGAAAAAAGGAGCAAAAAAGAACAAAAAAAAGAAAAAUAAAUAAAUAAGUAAAUUAAAUGAAUGAAUAAAUUAAAUAAAUAAAUAAAUAAGAGAUCACAUCACAAUUACGAUUUUUGCGAGUUGGCUGGCUUCUUCUGAUGUCUACGCACAUCGUGGCCCAAUAAUAAGAGUUAUGCGUUUUAAUGGCACACAAGAUGUUCUCGAUUAUAAAUACACACACUAUACUCGAUCAGCCUGUGAACUUUGUAUUGUUUAAUUUGAUAAUGAGAUAAAAUGAAAUAUGUAUUAUCCUAUUAUUGAAUCGCAUUCUUAAAAGAUAUGAUGAGAGGCUUCGUAUUAGUGCGUCGUAUUUGCGUCGUUAGGUCCUGCGUAAAAAUAUUAAUGAAAAAAAAACAAAAAACAAAAAAAAAACCAAAAAAAAGAAACUAAUAAAAUGGCAGAGUUUCCUCUAUCGAAAUUUGUAACGGCGAUCGAUUGGAAAGUUAUAGCGUUAAAGGAUCUUCUUGUUGAAAUUUGCGUUCACAAGGUGAUGAUGUAUAAUAUAAAUAGUCGAAAAUGCGAGGGGUUCUUUUCUUUUUUUCUGUAAUAGAUAUCAACGACCUUUUAUUUCUUUUUUUACGCAUACAAUCGAGCAAUACGACUUACGUUAACAUAUCAAAAAAUUUUAAAUUUAGUACGUGAUACGUGAGAAAAUUGUCAGCAAAUCUACUUGCUCUAUUCUCACGAUUUUGAUAGCGAAAAUUCGACAAAAAUCGAUCGUUCCUUCGUUAAUGAUACUCUCGACGUUGAUUACGUGUUUCUAUUUUCUUUCUUUCUUUUUUUUUUCUCGAAUAGAAAACAAAAUUAACGUUCACUCGACACGCGCACAACAACAAAAUGAAAUAACGAAGCUUAACAUGCGAUCGCUCGAUCGUAGGUAUAUAUAUGUAUGUAUGUAUGAACAAUUCGAAUAUGAUUUUUAAUUUAACGAGAUGACUGAAAGUAUGUUGCCGAUUAUAUAUAGUUCGAAAUUAUUAUUCGGUGAAUACAUAUAUAUGUAUAUAUACAUAUAUAUACACAAGGUGAUUCCCCGCAUAGGGUGUUGCAAAUUGCAUUUAUCUUAAAACACCUGAUAGCUUUUGAUUUGAUUUUUUUUUCUUUCCUUUUCUUUUUCUUUUUUUUUUUUUUUAACAUUAAAUGACACAGCAAGGUUGUCAUUUAAAUUGACCGAGUCAUUGUGAUAAUAUGAAGACAAAUUUUUUACUUUUUUAAAAAUAUAAUUGCAUAUAUAAAUUUGUUGACGUAUUAUCCAAUAUAUCUUUUUACAUUUUUUACUUAAAUUUGAUAUGUCAAUUUUAAGGAUACCCCUCCUUUUUAGUCACGAACGAAUGUGAUAAAAGAAGUUUUCGUUCUUUUAUAUAUUUACAUAUAUAAAAAAAGAAAAAAAAACAAACAAACAAACAAAAAAAUAAGAAAAAGAAAAAAGAACUAAAUAAUCAGCCUUAUUGUGUCCUCCGAUGUGAAGAAAUGAAAAAAAGAAAACAAAAAAAAAAGAGAAAAAGAGAAAAAAGAUUUCAAGUCAAUAGGUCUGUAAUGGUUUCAAUAAAAACAAUUUGUAACACUUGGAAAUUGUAGUUAGCAAACGCGGGGACCACCUUGUAUAUACAUAUAUAUAUUCACAACGGUUGUUCGAGGAUCUAUAAUGUAUAAGCGAUCUUUAUAGACGUUUUCUCGACAUUUUCUCGUUUAAUAAAAAUAUUAUAAAAAAAAAGAAAAAAGAACAAAAAAAAAUUACAAUUAAAAAGAAAUAGAGAGAGAGAGAGAGAGAGAGAGAGAGAGAGAGAUAGAGAGAUAGAAACAGAGAACAUGAUUCGCCGUUAGAGAUGGAAUCAAGCGAGUUAAUACACCGUAUUUGCUCAUGCUCUUCUUCAUCGUAAAAUUAAAAUUGUACGACUCGCCUAGAAAAAAGUAUCUUACGCGUAGUGUGAGUGUUGUCGUCGAUACGUAUUUGAAUAUUACAUACUCGAAUCUUAAAUACAUAGCAAUUAGAAUUACUUACAUUGUUAGAACCCUCACUGGAUAAUAAAUGCAACAGAGUAUGUCGCUACACGAUAAGCAGGGUCGCAUUUAUACCUUUCGAAUGAUCUCCAGACGCAACGUCGUUACGUGAUCCCAAAAGAAAAAAGAAAACAAAAAAAAAAGGAAAAGAGUAUACAAGUCUAUUUCGGUUAAUCAAAUUUAUAAGCUUUUUUUUGAUGUUAUCUUUUUUCUCCCCAGUUAUCCUAUUUCUUUUUUCUUCUGGUUUUGAUUUUAACAAAUCUACUGGAUUGUUUUUUUUUUUUUUUUAUAAUAUUGUUAUUUGUAGAAGAAGUAAGCCUUUAAAUUGAAAUGUGGGCUUAUAGAGAGCGAGACUUGUGCAUGUAAUGAGUCGUAUGGUAAAUGCGGUCCUGAUAGACAAAACUGAAGUUGUAAACUUCACGAAAUAUCUUAUGUAGUAUAUUACGUCGUGUUUGUAUAUUCAAAAUGAUAACUCUAAACCCGGAUCUCUACGAUUAUUCGCCAUUUAUUGUAUUUUCUACGAACGUCGAGAUAUAGGAACCUCGAAGGAAUAGAAUUUUUAUAGUACGCAACGUACAUACAUGAAUAUGUAUGUAUGUAUAUAUAUAUUGUGUAUGUAUGUAUGUAUGUAUAUAUGUAUGUAUGUACGAUGUGUUACGAUGUGUCAUCAUUUUGUGAAACAGAAACAUUCCGAAUACGAAUAACUUGAUUCCAUUUUUAAUCGAUCUGUCGUACGAAAUCCGUUAUGUAAAUCGUUGAUUAUUAUCGACGAUCGUAGAUCCUUCGUAUUUAAAUACGAAUUAAAUUGGGAUAGGGGCCAUCUUUGUUCUUAUUGUGUUAGAUCGCAAUAUGUGUCAACACAACGUGAUAACGAAUGGUCGAUUUGCAAAACGGAUCUCGUUCGAUCCAGCGCUAAGCCCUUUAUAGAGGAAAGACAGAGAGAGAGAGAGAGAGAGAGAGAGAGAGAGAGAGAGAGAGAGAGAGAGAGAGAGAGAGAGAAAAGGAAAAAAAAAACCAAAAAAAAGAGAAUAAUAAUAAAAGAAAGAUUUGUCUUCUUCGUUAGCUAAAGUUCAUGCGGCCUGAAUUAAGUGAGAUGCGAGAUUUUCUUGAUCGUUAAUCAGAAGAGAGAGGAUCGUUAAGUAAUCGUCCUUAUAAAGGGUUAAAAAGCGGUUCGAAUGCGAAGGGUUUAAUAAUACCGUUUGUGUUUCAUUGAGGAGAGACUGAACGCCAUUGUACGGAAUAUUAGUACGAUUAAUUAAUUAAAACGAAUAAUGAAGGAGGAGAGAGAGGGAGAGAGAGAGAGAGAGAGAGAGAGAGAGAGAGAGAGAGAGAGAGAAAGAGAGAGUGAAAGAGAGUGAGAGAAGGAGAAAGAGAAAGAGAAAGAGAGAGCGAGAGAGAGAAAGAGAGAAAAAAAGAGAAAGAAAAUAUGGUAUGGAUCCCGAAUAAGUAGUGAUGGGCCCAAUGCAAUUUUCGAAGCACAAACUAGCGAUAAUUCAUAAACAUUUGUCGGAGUAUCGAUAUUGCGCUUGCUCGAUUUUCUUUGUUACGAGCUAUCAAAGCAAAAAAAAAGAAGAAGAAAAGAAUGACAAAAAAAGAAAGGCAUCGAUCGUUCGUACAUUUUGAGAUAAUUCAAAAUAUCUUUCGUCGAACGCGUAAGAUCAAUUGUUAUUGUUAUUAUUUUUCUUUUUUUUUUGAUUAUUUAUUUAAUUUUUUUUUAAUUAGAAUUCCAUUGAAAUAUCGUCUUAGCUUGAUCGUCGAAUUGAUUAAACGGAACGUGUUAAUGUUAUUUACUUCGUUGUCUCAGAGAAAGUCAAUUAUAAUUAAUUUUGUUUUUAUAUUUUUUUCCUUUUUACUUUUACUUCAUUCAUUAAAAUCGGACGUCGAGACGGUAUUUAACUCAAUUCUUCUGUUUCACCAUCGGUGAUGAACGAUAAAAAGUCUACGCCAUUUUGUCGUUCAAUUGAAAUAAAAAUGGUCGCCGUUUUGUUCAAGAUUUUCAUUUCGUAACGUAACGAAUCGACGAAGAUAAAAUGGAAGUAAGACUAGUAAUUAAUUUAAAAAAAAAAAAGAAACGGAAAAUGAAAUUUAUUUACACUUACGAGUAGUGAUCUCGAGCUCGAAUAGUUUAGUUUUCAUAUUUUUUUUUUGUGGCAGAGAGAAAACGAAUAUUACGAUUUAAUCAGAUUAAAUCAGUUUCUCUCAAAUGCAUUUACACGGAUCAUGAAUAAGAAUUUCGCUUCAUGAUACAUAUUUAUAUAUUAUAAAUAUAUAUAUAUGUGUGUAUAUAUAUAUAUAUAUAUAUAUAUAUAUAUAUAUAUAUAUAUAUAUAAUCUCGAAAAGAGGAAAAUCAUGGUGUGGAUCAAUUUCAUCGAGGAACAAUAUCGAAUUUGCUAUCGUUUAUCCUUAUUACUGCAGUUCAAAUAAAAUGAAGAAGUAAAUAAUAAUAAUACUAAUAAUAAUAAUAAUAAUAAUAAUAAUAAUAAUAAUAAUAAUAAUAAUAAUAAUAAUAAUAAUAAUAAUAAUAAUAAUAAUAAUGAUAAUGAUAAAUAAUAAUAAUAAUAAUAAUAACAAUAACAAUAAUAAUAAUAAUAAACAAAAAAAGGAAGUGAAACACCUAGUAGUGAGUAGCAAUCGCGGAUUAUCGUUUAGCUUCUUGUAAGCUACGUAGCCGUAGUUGACGUCGUAAACACCGAUUGUACACUUGUAAACGUUAGAACUCGUACUAUAUAUUUAACGAUCGUUUUCAUUCACGCACACUUUUGCGUGAAUCACGACGAACGAACGCGAUCGGAGAAUAAAAUGAAAAGAUCAUCGAAGGAAGAUGUAGAGUUCGUUAAAAAAAGAAAAAAAUGAAGAAAAAAAUCAUAUUUCUCUUAGUCGAGUCUCCAUCAUUUCGGUUCAUUUAAAACAACAUUCUCUCUUUUUCACUCUCUCUCUCUCUUUCACACUAUCACUCUCUCACUCUUUCUCUCUCUCUCUCUCUCUCUCUCUCUCUCUCUCUCUCUCUCUUUUUCUCUCUCUGGUUCGCGUGAUUGGCGAGACGCAAAAAUGGCAAAGAAAAAAGAAGUCGAAGAUUAUUACUCGAUAAUUGUGAUUAUUCCCAAAUGUAAAAAGUGUUCACGCGAAAUUCGUAUUUUUUUUUUAUACUACUAUAUCGUUUUUACUUUUUUUUCUUUUAUACGUACCUCUUUCUUUUUAUUCCAUGCGUUCGUUCGUCUAUCGAAGAAAAUAAAAGGAAACAUUAUUUAUAUCUAUAUCGGGUGAAAGGAUAAUACGAAGAUUUCGACCAAUUACCUGACACGACUUUUCCAUUAUCUCAUCUUCGUUCAUUCGAUAAUUUUUCAUUCUCUCUUCUUUUUUUUCUUCUUUUUUUAAAUUCGUUAAUUUCGUUUCUUUCGACCCCUUAUAUGCUGCCAGGAAAAUAUUUGUUGGGAAAAUGGUUAAAAUCGUCGAACGUGCAUGGAUAAAUUUUUAAAAAACGAAAAGGAAUCUCCGUGAGCAAAGUUCGUCUCUUUCUCUACGACGAAUACGAGAAAAGAUAAAAACCGAAAGGAAAAAAAGAAAAAAAAUAAACAAAACAAAACAAAAAACCAAAAAACAAGAAAUAAUAAUGAUCGAUCUUUUUGUACUAUUGUCUUAGACGCAAUUCCCGUAUGUAUUAGUUCGAAGAGAGAGGGCGGUUCAAGAGAAUUUUUGCAAAUUUGUCAUAACUGUAUGUCGCGCGCCUAUUAUUAAAAUAGUGAAGCUUCAAACGAACGAAUAAAGAUUUGUGUUCGCCAAGGAUAUAA